AUGGCUUUCCUCCAGACAAAAUCCAACACAAGGUUUACCGUAUCCCAAGCCACCGCGUCCAACGAGCGCAUCGCCGCCGCACUCCCCGAAGGCCUGGUGGCCGUCUUCGUGGGAGGCACCAGUGGUGUCGGCGAAUACACGGUCAAGGCCUUUGCCAAAUACGCUCCGAGCCCACGCGUCUACAUCAUCGGACGGUCUCAGGAGGCCGCCGACCCCAUCAUACAGGAGUGCCAGCAGCUCAACAGCGGCGGCCAGUUCGAGUUCAUCCAGGCGGACGUAAGUCUGCUGAACACCAUCGAUGAUGUCUGCCGCCAGAUCAGGAGCAGAGAGACUGCGAUCAACAUCCCCUUCCAGAGUCAGGGGACUAUGGGCUUCGACAAGAAAACAGCCGAAGGCCUGCCGUUGGCUUUCGGCAUCGCCACGCACGGCCGCAUGCGCUUUAUUCUGAACCUCCUCCCCCUGCUGCAGAAGGCCAAGUCCCUUCGCCGCGUCGUCAACGUCGGGGCGGCAUCUUAUGAAGGUGCCAUCGACGUGGAUAACGUACCCGGCCUUGGGUUUCCCUUGACGAAGUGGCGCAACCAGCUUGCAUCCGUCCAGACGCUGCUCCUCGAAGAGGCCGCCCGCCGUGCGCCCGAUGUCGCCUUCGUGCUUACCUGUCCAGGCGUCGUCAAGUCCGGCAUCAUGCGGGACAUCGCGCCGAGCCUCGGGAUGAGCAUCAUGCUAGCCGUCACGAAACUUAUGGCGCCUCUCAUAGAGACUUCACCCGACGAGUGUGCUGAACGACACGUGUUCUUCGCCACGAGCGCUAGGUACCCAGCCUCUCAGAACGGGCCAGGCGCUGCGGGUGUGGCGCUCGAUGGGAGCAUGGCUGUUGCUCGUGGAAGCGACGGGCGCGAUGGCAGUGGGGUGUAUACGACUGACCAGAAGGGUGCGAGUUCGUCGCCCAAGGUCGAGAGCGUUCUGGCUAAGUUCCGGAAGGAUGGGACGGCGGGGAAGGUCUGGGAUUUUGUUGUGGCGGAUUUUGUUAGGAUUACGGGAGCGGAGGUAGCACCGUAG